AUGGCUCCCCAUCAGAACGUCCGUCCCGAGACGGUCUUGAAGCGAACCGACGAGCUUAUUGCCGUGGGCCAGCAGGAUGCUGCUCUGGAGCUUCUCCACGAGACUGUGUCUGCCCGAAAGGCCCGAACCACUUCUGUGGCUACUCUGGAGCCCAUCGUGGCUCGAUUUGUGCAACUUUCCGUUGACCUGCGCAAGGGCAAAAUUAUUAAGGAUGGUCUUCACCAGUACAAGAAGAUCGUGCAGUCCACCAACGUGAACGCCAUUGAGCCUGUUAUCAAGCAGUUUCUGUCUCUGGCCGAGCAGCGAGUUACUGAUGCUCAGGCCCAGGCUGACAAGAUUGCCGACGAGGAGGAGGCUGACGAUCUGGAGGCCGAGGAGACGCCUGAAGACCUGCUUCUGGCCACGGUGUCCUCCGAGGACACCAAGGACCGAACUGACCGACGGGUCGUAACCCCCUGGCUCAAAUUCCUGUGGGAGGCCUACCGAAGCGUGCUGGACGUUCUGCGAAACAACAGCAAGCUGGAGGUCAUCUACCAGCAGGUGGUCGAGCAGGCCUUCAACUUCUGUCUGAAGUUUUCUAGAAAGACCGAGUUCCGACGACUCUGUGAGCUUCUGCGAUCCCAUCUGCAGACCACUGCCCAGAAAGGCCCCAACGCUCCCCCCGUGACCGCAACUUCUGUCGAUCUGUCUGAUGCUGACACUCUGCAGCGGUACCUUGACACCCGGUUCUCACAGCUCAACGUGGCCGUCAAGCUGGAGUUGUGGCAGGAGGCCUUCCGAUCCGUCGAGGAUGUGCACACCCUGCUGACAGUUUCCAAGCGACCCGCCAAGCCCCUGAUGAUGGGUAACUACUACGAGAACCUGGCCCGAAUCUUCCUGGUCGCCGGAAACUACCUCUUCCACGCUGCGGCCUGGAACAAGCUCUUCCACCUGCUGUCCCAGUCUCCCCGAGGUGCCAUCCCCGUGUCCGAGUACCAGCGAGUCGCCUCUUUUGUGCUUCUGUCUGCCCUCGCCAUCCCCCACAACUCCAGCGCCGAGGAUCGAUACCGAAACACCCGGCUCACUGGUCUGCUCAACCUGCAGCGAACCCCCACUCGAGACGCUCUUCUCAAGUCUGCGCUGUCCCGAAACAUUCUGGCUCACGUCAAGCCUGAGAUCAAGGCUCUGUACAAGACUCUGGAGGUCGACUUUCACCCUCUGUCUAUUCGAGCCAAGCUGACCCCCGUGGUUGGCGCUAUCGCUGAGGCCCCCGAGUUCAAGCCCUACUUUGCCCCUCUUUACCAGGUCAUUCUCACCCGGCUCUUCCAGCAGCUGUCGCAGGUCUACGAGUCCGUCAAGCUUGACUUUGUCAUCCAGUUGGCUACUUUCCCUGCCCCUUUCUCUGCUACCCCUCUGGAGAUUGAGCAGUUCAUUGUCCGAGCCUGUGCUCAGGGCGAGCUGGCCAUUAAGAUUGACCACGACCAGCGAUCCGUGCUGUUCGAGGAGGUCCGAGCCGCCACAGGCUCUGCUUCUCUGCAGGACACUCCCAUUGAAAUUGUUCGAACCCAGCUCUCUCGGCUUGGUCGAACUCUCUCUGUUGCUGACCCUCUCAACUCCGCCGAGGCUCGAGAGCAGCAGUACGUGGCUGCUCUCACUACUGCUCAGGACAAUGCUGAGCGAGAGCACGCCGAGACUCUGGCUCGACGAGCUGAAAUUGAGGCCCGAAAGGCCCAGGCUGAAGCCGAGCGAGCUCAGCGAGAGGAAGAGGAGGCUCGAAAGCGAGCUCAGCGACUUCUGGACGAGGAGCUCGCCGAGAAGGAGCGUCUGGCUGCCGAGCAGCACGCCCGAGAGCUCGAGCGGAUCCGAAAGGAGCAGGACGCCAUCCGAGAGGAGGAGAAGAAGAAGCUGGCCGAGGAGAUCAACGCGAAGGGUAUCAUCACUAUCGAUCUCGACAAGCUCGAGGGUCUGGACACCAACGCUCUGCGAAAGAUGCAGGUGGACCAGCUGGCCAAGGAGACCAAGGAACUUGGAGACCGACUCCGAGUCACUGCUCGGCGAAUCGACCACACUGAGCGAGCCUACCGAAUGGAGGAGAUCAAGCUGGUGGAGGACGACUUUGUCAAGCAGAAGCAGCGAGACCGAGAGAUCUACGAUACUCGAAUCAAGCUCAUCAAGGACACCGCCAAGGCCGAGCACGACGCCAAGGUCGAGCUGGCCAAGCGUCUGCAGCGAGCCGUUCCCUUCUACAAGUCUUUCCGUGACGAUAUCCGUGUCAAGCGAGAGGCUGAGUUUACUCGUCUUCGAGAGGAGGCCGUCAAGAAUCUCGCCGAGGCUAAGGCUGCUCGAAUCGAGGAGGUCAAGGCCAAGCGAAUCGCUGACGCCAAACGAGCUGAGGAAGAGGCCAAGGCUGCCGCUGAGGCAGAGGCCAAGGCUGCUGCUGAGGCGGAAGCCAAGGCCAAGGCCGAGCAGGAGAUGCGAGAGAAGCUGCUGGCAGAGAAGAAGGCCCGAGAGGAGGCCAACGCACGAGCCGACGCCGCCUACGAGAAGCAGCGACAGAAGGAGGCCGAGUUGGAGGCCAAGCUGGAAGCCAAGCGAGCCGGCUUCUCCGGAGCUGGUCGACAGGCCCCUCCCAGCGGUGGCUACGUUCCUCCUUCGCGACGAGAGGGUGGAUACGUCCCCCCCAGCCGACGAGGAGAUGCUGGAGCCGCUCCUGGAGCUGGCUCUGGAGGUUACACUCCUCCUAGCCGACGAGAAGGUGGCGGAGGCGGAUAUGUUCCCCCCAGCCGACGAGAAGGUGGCGGAGGAGGCUACGUUCCUCCUUCUCGACGUGAGGGUGGAUCUGGCGCUGGAUCUGGAGGCCGAUAUAUUCCUCCUUCCCAGCGAAACUAA